AUGUUCGAUGUACCGCCCAAGUUCUACGAGCUGUGUCGCCUUUGUUUAUCGUCGGACGGUGUCAAAUUGUCCAUAUUCGAAGAGGAAGGCGCCCAGCGGAACUUCGCCGAUAAGAUACUGACGUGCCUCUCGAUUACGGUAAAAGAUGGAGAUUCUUUGCCACCAAUCAUUUGUCACCGGUGCGUAUACAAGUUGGAUGUACUGCACAACUUCCGUGAAGUGUCACACAAAUCUGAUGUCAUACUCAAACAGUACCUGGAUUAUGCCAAGCAGUUAUCAUCACAUGAUGAUCAGAAGAAAUCUUUCUCCACUGCCAAAGUAGCAGGCUUAAGUCCUCUACAGUCAUUUCUCCAAUUGAACAAAACAUUGUUCAAUGAGGAGCCUAACUCUCCGGCCAGCAUUAAUCAAAACGUUAUACCUCAGACUCAAACACAUCAUUUGGAGUUGUGCACCAAUGACAUGCCUGAGCAUGAUAAUAUUAAGUGUGAACCAGAAGAUGAUACGUGUUCAAAUAGUUCUGAUCCAGACAGAUUAGAAAUAGAAGAUCGAGAUGAACAAGAUACUGAGGGGGAAGAAAAUGGUUAUGAUAUGACCAUUAACAAAAGAAUGAAAGUAGAAACGAAUUACGAUGAAUCAAAAGCAAGUACCCCUAAUCGCAGUCCAGUAAAUAGAAUGGAUACACCAGAAAGUAAUUGUUCAGAUACAAAUAUUGAUCAAGAAACAACAAAGUUGUGGCAAGCAUUAGCAAACAACAGGAGUUUAGAGAUUACUAGGACAAAUGGUGACAAACUAAAUAAUGGGUUUACUGGUGAAGCGACUAAUUUACUGCGUUCCCUGAUCAACAACAGACAAAUCGGUAUUACUGCCGUUGAUUCGGGCAGAAUAUCUCCGCAAAUUAGGUUUUACAGAGACACCCAGGGGACAACGAUCGAACGUACCGUACCCGACUGUUCUGUACUCGGCAAUCGUACUAAUGUUUCGUGUAUAGAAAACAAGGGUACAUCCGUGGACAGUAAUCCGUCGAGCCCUGCCAGUAUCGGUCGGAAGGAGACCAAGUGUCGUAGAAAACAAAGUUAUCCUAGUAAAGCUCCAAUGAGUCCAGACGUUGUUAAUUAUCAACAUGAAUCUAAUGAAGAGCAAGCACAAGACUUUACAGCAUGGUCAAAUAAAAUGAAGGGAAAAGUGGAGGACCAGAAACAACAAUUUGAUCAACACAGUGGUAAUAUGGCGAAAAAGGUAGAUAUGUCCUGUACAAAUUGCGGCACCAUGACCACAACCAUUUGGAGAAGGAAUAUGAAGGGGGAAAUGGUUUGUAACGCUUGUGGGCUCUAUUACAAACUGCAUGGAGUAAAUCGUCCAGUUACCAUGAGAAGGGACACAAUACAUACACGUAGACGCAGACCCAAAGGCGAGAAACCGACAAGGCAUAGAAAAAAAGGUGACUCAAUUUUGGCACCACAAUCAGAGCAAAUGGAUGCAGAAAGUGCGGACAUGUUGGCAGCUCUUCGUCGACAAAUUCAACCCCAUUUGAUGAUGGCUGCAUUAACGCCACCACGUAUACCUGGUGCCCAUCCACCAACCCCUACCGCUCAACUUAAUUACUCUCUUCCCUUACCUAGUUAUAUGAUGCAUCAUGUAAAGGCAGAAGGGCGAGAACAAUGUCAUCUAUCAACGGAAGCAGAAGAAACUGAAGGAGGAGAUGAAGAAAAUGUCUCGGACGUACCAUUGAAUUUAGUUGCGACGUCGUUAUCCGAAGAAGCACACUGAAAACACUUCGACCAGCUUCAGAACGACUUCGUUAUAGGUAUAUAUAUACAUACAUAUAUAUACAUAUAUAUAACAAAGAAUCUCUAGGCAGAAUAGUCUGUCCGGUGAUACACAGGGUGUAAAAGACGAGAUUGUUCUCCUUCUCCUUUCUGUCACUGAUUCUCGUCCAUGAUUCUCUUUUUUGGACUCUCCUUUUCUCUCUUUUCCUCUUUUCCUCUUUUCCACGGUCUCGAGAAAUUUGAAGUGGUAGAAUAAUUGGGAUGUGUAUUUGUCCCUUGAGCUACCAAGCCCGUGGUGCAGAGCGCACGAAGGAACGAUGAUAUUAAAUACGCAGUAUUAAUUACGUGUUUAUUCAAAAUAUGUACAUAUAUAUACACGAUAUAUACGAAUAUGAAGAAUAUUUUUAUACAAAAUUUUCUACGCUUGCAGCUAUAGAGAGCGACGGGCGAUCGUUGUACAUACACGCGCAAAUUGUUCUUUCGGUGUCGCACGUAUUUUACGCAUUAAAAAGGAAUGGUGGUCGUUGUCUGUUUUCUUAGUGACGUAAGAAAUUCAGGCACCAGUGAAAGUUUUUAGAACGGUGCUAGAUUACUGUUUGGGAAAGCUUAGAAAUAAAGAAGAAGAAGUAAAAAAUGAAGAUUUGUCACUGAACAAAAUUUAACCGUUUUGUUCCACGGGCUUUUAGCUGUCAGUGAUGUUACAAUCAUAAUUGUCUCGUUUUGCAUAAUAUUCAAGAUAAAAAACGAACGUCCCUCAACUGAACUCAACUAGUAAACGAAAUCUAUUUUUAAUUGGAUUUAAUAACGAGUGAAAUCUUAUUAAUCCAAACUAAAGAAAUGGAACAGAAAAACGGUUGCAAUGUGGCAAAUAUUUACUAAAGAAACAAAUAUUCGAUACAUAUUUUGUAACUUGAGCUUUGCCACAUUACAGUUUUGCCAGUAUCAUUUUUAAAGAUUAUAUUCUAGUGGCCUUUCAACGAUUCAUCUCUUUUCUCUUCCCCUUUUUAGCUCUUAUUGCAGUAAAUGCAGAUAAUUUAAUUACAGAUACGAUCUUAAUUUAGAUGAUGUAGAUACUUUUUUACAUGAGCACGAGACUGCCGGUGUAAACACAUUUAAAUACUCUUUCUACCAUUUACGUAUUUUUCCCCCUCCCUUCUUCUCUAUGUAUUGAAAAAGCUUGUCGACUGUUCAGUCGCCGAUAAUUUGUACUUAAUAGACAAGGCAGCAUACCACCAUAUAAGCUAAGACUCCGAAAGCAAUAAAAACGCGAUGGUACGUAGAAUAGAUUGUCGUCAUACAAUACUCGUUUGCGUGCUCUCUCGACGGCAUACAUAAAUUUCAGGAACUAAUACUUAGAUAACAUUCAUUUAUAUGCCAGACGUUAAAAAUAACAAAUUUUAUUGCUCCACAAUUGCUGUAGGUAUGUUUCACAUAUUUCACAGUCUCCCUUUAAAUUUCUUCCUUAACUCUGUUUAAUUUUAUUUUCAUAUUGUAAAAAAGCCAAGAAAACAAUGGAUAUUUUGAUGUAGAUAAACAAAAUUGUUCAUUUUUCUAAGGGUUAUCACUGAUCUAUAUUUUCCAGAAUGUACAGAUCACACAUUAAUAAACAGGUAUUAAGCAACCCUAAAUACCAUUUAAUACGAUGGCCAGUGCAUCUACUCAUGUAUUGUUAUAUCUAACAUUGUAUACCUAAACAACUUUGCCAAAAAUAGAUUUAGUCUAUGUAACAUAGAGUAUAGUUAAGGGCAUAUGAUAAAAAUUAACGUUUUAUCUUUCUCUUUUACAACCUCAUACACAGCAUUUACAUAUUUCUCCUUUAUUUUUCUCCCUCUUCUUACAGCUCUUCUUAUCAGUGAUACCUCUUGGCAUACACUGCUUUACAGAGCUUUUAAAUUCACUUACAGUGAUUAGUGGAGCAACUUAGUUUUAGUCGUUAUCAAAGGAGCCUUAUGGAUACACUCGUAUAAAUAUAUAUAUAUAUAUAUAUACAGACACAAAUGAUACACGCAUAUUACACAUACACUCACACAAGUACUAUAUGCAUAGAUACAGUGUUCUAUGCUAUUAUACGAGUAUGAAUGAUACCACAAAUCAGUGCUAUUGCUUUCCUUUUUUAAACUUUUGAGUCUUUAAGCUUUUAACUUAUACUAAGAUUAUGAAAAUAAAUAAUACAUUCGUAUUUUAUUUCAUAUUUUUUAGAAUUUUCAAUCAAAUCUCCGGACGAUUACGGUUUAAUGCAUAACAAAAGCUAAUUUAUAUUCUUUAUAUUUUUAAUAUAUAUAAUAUUCUUUUAUACAUAUUUUUUAAAUAUGAAUGGCAUUGGAGAUGUGGUAUCUUUACAUUGAUAACACGAGUAUUGGAGGAAGAGGCAUAAACUAUGAUGAAGUUUCACAAUAGUUGCGAUCCAAAUAACAGAUUGCUAAACUUUUCUCUUGUACGUCGAAAUGAUCCUUCCAUUUAGUACGUAUUAGAUACACUUCCUGUUUUAUAAGCAGGUUGAGAGGUAACAUAUCUUUUAAAUAAGUCUUAACAAGUGUAUAUUCUACGUAUUUUAUUUACUUUUAUUGUAAAACGAAUUUGUAAAUAUCUGUCAAAAUUUCAGUGUCUUUUUUACAGACGCCAGUUGUGUGAACUGUGACUUUCAUAUAAGUAAAAAGCUUUUCUAUUUUUAAGCGGUAUAUACUACUUAUUUAAAAGAUACGUGAUACACAUUUAGGCUUAAACAUCUUACUAAGGGAUGAAAGUAAUCAGUUACUAAAGUACAUAGGGCCUUGACUUUUCUUAGUCAAGCUAUAGAUCGCCAGUUUUUUUUUAAAUUCUGUUGAUAGAACAUUUUAGAAUACCAUUUUUUUAAGUGUACCAUACGUGAAGAGAAUGAACUUAUUUAUGAAAUAACAUUGAUAGAAAGAAGUGAAAGUAAUGGACAGUUAUUUUGUUAGGCAUUUUUCUUUCUCUCAGUUAUAAAUAUUUGGCUCGACGUAGCUUGUUAAAUAACAAGAAAAGCAUAACUAUUAUUAUCCUUAUAUUUUUUUUAAUUACUAUUAUUAUUAUUAUUAUUAUUAUUAUUAUUAUUAUUAUUAUUAUUACCAUUGUAGAUGCGUAAGUAGAAUUAGAUUUGAGCUCUCUACUAAUUCUGAAACUAGAGGAUAUUUUUUAUAAUUAUUAGAAUCGAGAAAUCGAGUAUUGCUAUUAUAUAUAUAUAUAUAUAUAUAUAUUAAUAUUAUCGAUAUAUCGAUUUCAUCAAACGUUAAGGAUAUAACGAUCCCUUUUAAAUAAGGUUUAGUUGCAAGACCGCCACUCGUCACGGCUCGUUUUUUUUUUUUUUUUUUUUUUUUUUUAACAAUAAUGAACGAAAUAAAAAAAUAGCUGAGGCUUAUAGAAUUUUUUUUUAUGUAUCAGUAUUCUACGCGUUUGAUUUUAGCUGUUAAGAGUUUUAACCAACUACUUAAAAGAAUCCCCGAUGGCGAGAUUUGUCUUACUUAAUUAUUAAAUUAUUUAGUUAUUUUCCCUCUUGAGUCCUUCCCGUGUCCUUCUACUCCUAUUUUUCCCCAUCCUUUUCCUUCGUCCUUGUUUUGUACGUCUAUUUUUACAUAAGUGACCCUUCCCUAAAUAAUUAUUUAAACUAUAAUUUAUUGUAUUCACCGUUUUUUGCACCGACGUUAACGUAAGACAUUCUCUUUUUUUUUCUUUUUUUUUUUUUUUUUUUUUUUUGGCAACGACUGGCUUAAUUUAUUGUUUCUACAUUGUACUUUGUACGAGUUUCGCUCUCUCUUUUUUCUUCUUCCUUCCUUUCUUUCUUUCUCUUUUCUUUCCUUUGCAUUCUUUCUUUUAUCUUUUGUAAAAUGAGAAACAGAACAAUUACACGCGUUAGCUAGUAAUGAUCAGGCACUGCGCGUGUGGUCAUUCCCACCUUUUCUGCGAGACACACUCGGUUUUAUGCGGUACGAGAUGCGGACGGUCAAUGCUUUAGGUGCCUUCACCUGGAGAUUUCGUUGAAUACAGAUGCUCACGUGCACGUUACUGACGCGUCAAAAACGCCACUUAUUGUAAUGAUUUCUACUCUCGAUCCAUCCGCUUCUCUUCUCACCCUCGCGAAACACGUGUGCCUCUACGAACUAUUAAUAUUUCUUCAAAUUCGAGUCGUUUAUUAACGGGUACGAGAAAAAAGAAAAAAAAAAUACGAAAAAAGGAAGAAAGAAAGAGAAAAAUAGUCAAUGACUGUCUGAUUAUAUACGGUAUAUGUAUGUAAUUAAUUACCGAAAUGGUGAACUGUAGUGAGAUCAAAGCGAUGGAUCAAGAGUAGGCGAGAUCACACCGAGGUGCUUCGUCACCACGUGCACAUCUUCGUUGUUAAUCUUCGAUAAUCAUAGGAGGCCGUUUUUUUAGAAAGAAAAUCGCGGCUACGGAGCAUCUCGUGUCCACGAUGAACAAAUGUAUACGAAAGUCUCGAGGAUAAGAAAAAAAAAUGAUAUGAGACAAAGAAAUGCAUAAUUGUACAUGACAAAUAUAUAUAUAGAGAGAGAGAUAGAGAGAGAGAGAGAGAGAGAAAGAUAGAUAGAUAGAGAGAGAGAGAGAGAGAAAGAUAGAGAGAGAGAAGGGGUUUACGCAGGAAGAUGGAAAAUGUAAAAUAAAUAAGGGGUGAAUCGUCGAUACCUCUCUGCGGCUUGCGUUGGAAAAUAAUUAAUUAUUAACUCGCAGCACUGUUCCGUCCGUCUGCGCGACCGUCGUGAAUCUUUUGAUUUCACCGAGAUUUCCUCGGUCGAAGUCCUGUCACAUAAAUACACCUAUGACACACGUACACACACACACACACGUAUAUAUAUACAUAUACACGUUACACGCGUAGAGGCGCGCAUUAAACAUACACAAUUUACAUUAAUGCAUAAGAGAAACUUACGUACACACGAUAAGUAUAUAAACGGUGAAGAGAAGAAGCGAUAAUAGAGGCGUAAAUCGUAAAACACAGUGAAAAAGGUUUAAAAAAAAAAAAAAAAAAAAAAAAAAAAAAGGAAUAAAAAUACACACUGUAAGAAACUGGAAGCGCUAAGACCUCUUCCCCAGUUCUUACACCGAGUAUUAAAUCUGUACUAAUCGACUGAGUAUUAUUUUUAUAUCGAGCGUAAUAAUAUUAAUAAACGGAUAUAAAUUAAAACGUGAGACAGAGAAUGAUGGAUUAAAUUGUACGUGAAGCCGAGAGAGAACUAUUGUAAAGGCAGCGGAUGAGAGAUGCGUUCUCUUUUUCUUCUUUUCUUUUUCGAAUUUCGAUUUAGAGUUGAAAGAGUAUGACAUCUGAACGCGACAAGCGAAGAAACGAAAUUAAGAAAGAAAAGGAGAAAAGGGAAAGGCAUGCGACUGAUGAUUGUGAAUGCCCUGAUUACAAUAUUUUGUAUACAACCACAAUGCGAACUGAGCGGAGCAAAAAAACAAUUACGAACGAGAGAAAUGACAAAGAAAUGGAGGGAGAGAUAAUUAAUUAACGACGAAAGAUUGUAAAGCAAGAUCUGAUGAACCAGCGUCUUUUUUUUUUCGUAGGAGCGUUGCGGAGCUUUGAUCGGCCAGAAACUAACUUAUAACAAGAAGAGAAAAGGAAAACUCGAUAUGUAAUAAUAUCGUAUUGUGCGUUUAUUACAUAUGCGACGUAGCAAUAGAUAAAUGACGAUAAAAAGAAAUGUGAAAAGAGAAAAUGAAUUACUUUUGUAUUCACGGUUAUCUACGAUAAUAAGUUAGUUCGGGCUAAGGCCAGCAGCUGUUGAGAUUAUUCAUGGUUGUGUGUAUCAUAUAAGUAUUUUGAAUUGUUGAAUAGUAAUUAGUGUAAGCGGAGGCUUGAACGGGGCGACGUCCCACGCCCACGGAAUGCACGAAGAGACGUCGCGUCGUCCAAGUUCGGUCUCAAGUAUUUCAACAAUUGUCAGAUAUACAUUUUUUCCCUCCGUCAUCCAAGAUAUUUGAAAGUUUCGCCCCGUACAGAUCGAUUUUACUGACAUUACUUCGCCUGUGUUUUAUAUAAAAUACAUAUACAUAUAUGUUAUAUAUAUAUAUAUUUUUUAAUAAUCUUAAUUGUAACAAGUCGUGUAUCCCACGUAUGGAAUCGUUGGGACCCUUUUUUAAUUUAUAAUUAUCGCGAAGCACAUCUAUUACACAUGACAGGUGAUAACAUAAUAAUCUUCGAUUAACUUACGGGUCUAAUUUUUCAACCCUCAUCUCUUUCAUUAUACGCUCUCUAUGUAAUGUCUCUGAUUUCAAAAUCAUCUCAUUUCCAUUUCUCUUGCAAUCAGAAUCUCUUCUUCGAAUCUCCUUUUUUUCUUUCUCUCUUUUUUCCUCGUUUGUAUUUUGUAAUAAUAAGAUACCUGUUAAACAUUUCUAAGCUAUUUAUUGAAUCGAAUAUCGCUAUGUGGUUUGUUAGAAAUUCUUUCGACGACCUUUAUCCUGCACGUAUUACUUCCUUUUAUUUCGAGACCACGCUUCGCAUACAUACUCGUGGCUCUGCCAAUGGUUCACGAAUCUUCAGAGAAAAAGGAAGAUAGAAAAGUAAAAAAGGAAUAGAGCGAGAAUUGCGAUCACUCGACGUCUCUUAUUUUUGCGCCUACCGCCUAGCUAAGUCAAUGAAGUAUUGUGAGUACUGUGUUUGUUGUUAACACGUUUGUCAUCUGGUUCGUUUCUUUUAAAUUCUCUUUUCACUCGAUCUUUUUUAAAAUACGUUAAAAAUUAACGUUUUGUUUUCUACCUACAUUUUCUUAAGCAAACGAAAGAUCGUCUCGUAACAUGCAAACAUGUCGAUGCAACAGACACAGGAGAUCGGCGGGUAAAGGACCAAAAUGUACAACAAUUGCGUUUGCCCUUUCUUACGGUUGGUAUGAUUCGUUUUUAUAAACGUGCAAAAUAGAGAUCGAAGCUGUAAUUGUAUCGGUGAAUUUUUAAGCGAUGUUGACAGAUUAUUUUGUGGGGCAUCUUAUUGCAAGGGCAUUGUUGUGAUACCACAGAUGCAGCUUCAUUGAAACUUAAAUAAAAAAUAAUGCGUUAACGAUUUGUUGCGAUCAAUGUGCACCACCAUUGACCGCGUGUGUCUGAUAUUGUACGUGGAAUUUAAUUUUUUUAUAUAAAAAUCUGUUUAGAAAUGAAACAUAAAA